UGUCCCGCGCGGGGAGGGGAAGGGGGGCUGCGCAGGGGGCCCAGCGCAGCCCGCGCGGAUACUGCGCGGCCCUACGCCGCUAUCCGGGCCCGCGAGGGUGAGGCUAGUGCCAGGGGCGGGGGAACGAGAGCGCUGGGGCAGCGCGCAGUGACCGGCCCGGGUGGGAGGCCGCUAGUGGCUCCCUUAGGGGGAAAGGCCUCGGGACAGCGACGGGCCUGUGUGCGAUCCGGGUUUGCGCUGAUCCCCCGGCGGUAGCGGGUUCCCAGCUGAGGGGCCUCUCCCAAGCUUGUCCUGCCCCGGCUGGGAAGUUUUUCCUGCUGGUGAGAUGUGACCCGAGGUUGAACUGAAGCCACCACCCUCAAGGGGAAGAGCUCGGUGCCCCUUUGCUGGCCCGGAGUUCGUGUGUCUGAUACAAAAACUCGCAUUGGGCUCUGCUAGGAGUAACUCGGGGUAGACAAUUAUUUUUUGUCAAGGUCCAAAUUUCUUCAUCAAGGUAUAGCCAAGAUACAGAUUACAGAGAAGAAAAUAAUAAAUCCCCAAUAAUGAUAAAUAAAUAAAAAAUAUUUUGGAGGUCUGUUCAAAGGUGACUGGUAGUCCGGAUGUGUCCCACAGUCUGCCUGUUGACUACCCGUGGAGUAACUAAUCCAAACUGAUUUUCCUAUCCCGUUCCGUGCUACUCAGUUUUUGUCCAAGUCCCUUUCCUGUGUUGUCAGGUUUGACUUAUCCAGGUGCAGCAGGGAAAUCUUAAAAUACAUAUAACCCUCAUUUCUCUCCUCUGGCAAGUCAAAUGCUAGAAGAAAAAUCUUUAGGGGACCUCAGAUGGCAGCAGGAGAAAAGAAUCUAUCACCCUAAUUGCUUAGCUCAGUAAUGACAUUUUAAGAGGGACACUUGCUACUAGCCGCCAUGUUUGUUCUAGUGGAGAUGAUGGAUACGGUACGGAUUCCUCCGUGGCAGUUUGAAAUGAAACUCAAUGACUCCAUUGCCGAAGAGCUAAAUAAGAAGUUAGCUAACAAGGUUGUGUACAAUGUUGGCCUCUGCAUCUGUCUGUAUGACAUCACAAAGCUGGAAGACUCGUACAUAUUUCCUGGGGAUGGUGCAUCGCACACUAAAGUGCAUUUCCGGUAUGUGGUAUUCCAUCCCUUUCUGGAUGAGAUUCUGAUCGGGGAGAUUAAAGGCUGCAGUCAGGAUGGAGUUCAUGUUUCUCUUGGUUUCUUCGAUGACAUUGUCAUCCCUCCAGAGUCCUUGCAGCAGCCAGCUAAGUUUGAUGAAGCAGAGCAGGUCUGGGUGUGGGAGUAUGAGACAGAAGAAGGAGCUCAUGACCUGUACAUGGACACAGGGGAGGAGAUCCGCUUCCGGAUAGUGGAUGAGAGCUUUGUUGACACAUCUCCUACAGGUCCAAGCUCCACAGAGGCCUCCACCUCUGGUGCCACAGAGGAGGUACAGAAGAAGGAGGCACCCUACACUCUAGUGGGAUCUAUCAGUGAGCCUGGCCUGGGCCUCCUCUCGUGGUGGACAAACAGUUAGCAGCAGUCAGAACUUGUUCUGCAUGGACCCUACAGGAUGGAUGCUUUCAGGGAUUGCAGGAGCCAGCUGGUGCUCUGCUCCCCUCCAGGCAGUGGACAAGAAAGCAGGGCUUCCAUGUUCCUGUCUUUGCUCCCCACCAGUUCGAGCUGACAACUGCCAAGAAAUACCUCUGUUAGAACUGUACAAGUAAAACUACAGACAUGGAAGGGCUGCCCUGUUACAUGAGCCCAGCAGCCACAAACCCAUCUGGGACUUUGACAUCCUGGAAAGCAGAGCAAAAUUGGGUUCAAAUGCCAAAGAAAGUCUCUGCUGUCUUGAAAAAGAGCAAUCUGAGUUGUUAUAGUGGCAGGACAAGUGGUGCUGUCUGGCCAGAAGAAACUGGUAAUUUUCUACCAUACCCAGUCUCCUGGCUUGAGAAAUGUAAGGAGAGGUAUAAGCAAAGGCCAGUCUCUCCUUUAGUGGAAGUAUUCAUAUCUCCUUGGCACAAAACAAGGUGCUGCUGCUGUCUCAACAUGAGAGAAAACCGCAAAGUAUGGGAAAGGGAUAUGUUGGCUCUUAGGCCAUUGUAAACCCUGGUGAUGAAAGGAUGGGGAAGGGUUUGAGAGCUGGGGCAAGGAUGGGAAUCCAGCCCAUAGAGGAUUCACUUCACUGUACAAGGGAGCUGGAGUUCUAUUACAUGAAUUGCCAUGAAGAUGGAAGGGUGACCGCUUACUAGGAAGCAAUUUAGCUUCUGUUUCUAAUCUUUUGCUGUCCUCUGAAAACAACCACCUGCUAUGGUGCUGAAGUGAGAUGCUGUAAAACAGUGGAUGGACUGUGGUUUUAUGCAAAACAAGCUCAAUUCUACUAGUGGCUUGGCUGAAAUGGUCACUUAAUUUUAGAGGAGAGGCCAUAUUGCUGAGUAAAGCCAUAUUUCCAAUCCCUUAGGGGGCAGGAAGGCUGGUUUUAAUAGUAGAUGAAUAAAUGUUAUUACUGGCCAUACACAACCCAGCUUCCUCUCUAUCAGGAAAAGACAAACCCACCUCCUGCAGCCUGGGAUGCUUACUCCAUCUCAAUGCAGAUACUUUCUGGUUUCUACUUUGAGGAACAGCAUUAAACACAUAGGAACCAAACUCAAUUACUUUUGCUGACAGCACUGAAAGGAAAGCAGGGAACAAAAAGUUAGUGGGAGUCUGUGCAGGGCAGGGAGCCAGGAGUGUGAUGUGUUUUGCAUGAUUAAAUAGCAGCCAUUUUGGGGGGCUAGAAUUCCAUUGGAUGGUGGUUCUGCUGAUCUCAAACCAUGAAUGCAAAGCUUAAGUCACUGGAACCAUUCUUACAAUAUAAUUACAGCCCCUUAGUUCUGAGCUUGGCUACUGCUGGUUCAUAGAUUUAAUCAAAAAGAAGUCUAGAAUUCAUCUUCUCUCAGCCAUCUGAAUUCAUAAAGUCCCCUCUGUGCUGUCACCAGCUUCUCUAAUGAAGUAUAGCAACACUGACCGACCAACCAUUGCUC